GGGGCUGCUGACACUGCUGCAUCUGGGGGCCUGACAGCUUGCCUCAGAAGGUUGUCUGGUCUGGUCUCGUCUCCCACAUUGUCCCUGGAAACAAGAAAACGUCAUGUCAGUUAUGGAUACAGUUGAUUGAUUCCUCUUCAUGGUGUGUAAAAAGCCGGCAGCAUGAGUGAGGAGAUCAAGUUCAUCGUCAGUGAGCUCAACAAGCCUCCGUACACCAGGAACUACAACCUCAUCUCCUUUGACGCACUUAACGCGGAGUCCUUACUACAGGUUCUCAAUGAUGUGUUUGCGGAGAUUGAUCCCAAGAACCGCCUGGACAUCCGCGAGGAGGAGCCGGAGCAGAUGGCUGUCCGGAUGCUGGGGAUGCUGCGGAUCUUGAAGUACAAGCCGCCGGAUGAAGCCAUGAACAACUUUCGCCAGGGUCUUGUUUCUGGGGACAAGCACGUCAUCUACCCCAUCCUGGCCUGGCUGCUGGAGCGCAUGGACGAACUGAGGAAGAGAGCGUACCUUGCCAAAUACCUCGUAAAGCUUGACGUGCCUGCCGAGAUCCUGGGAGACGCUGAUGUGGCUGAUAUACACUCUAAGUACGAGGAGCUCAUUGACCAGUUCAAGAAUGUACACCGCGAACACGAGGCCUUGCGGACCAGCGGCUUCUCCACGGUGGAGCUGCGACGCGACAUCACCGCCAUGGAGGAGGAACGGGACCUGGUGAUGCGGAGGAUUGAGAGGAUGAAGCAGAAGAUUGACGGGACCCCAAACAGCGAGGGGAUGCUGUCUUCGGCUCGUGGGCUACGUCAGGAGAGGGAGAAGUCCAAGGAGAUGGUGCAGCAGAAGGCUAACCUGCAGUCUGCCACCCAGCUGGCGGAGCAGAGGAUAUCAAGGCUCCAGGCACAGCUUAAGGACCUGCGCAAGGCUGGCAUGGGCACCACUCCUGAGGGCCUACUUCAGCGCCUUGAGGAGGACAUGAAUGUGAACAGCUACAUCGUGAAGGAGAAGCUGCCCAAGGAGAUCCUGGCCCGGCGGCGGCUGGUGGAGACACUGCAGCGAGUGGCCGCCCAGCCCGCCAUGGGACAGAACGAACUGGAGGCCGUCAACAAGCAGAUCCAAGCACUGAACAGUGAAAUCAACAACUUAAACGAGUUGCGAAUGAAGGAGGUGGAGGAGGACGAGAGCCCUGAAAGCAAGGUUGGGAAGCUGUCGUUUUUCCGCCAGAAUGCCGCCAUCAUCAUUCGCAAGAAGGAUCAGACGGCUGAGAGGCUGAAUGAGCUACGCGGGGAGCUGACAAACUACCAGGAGGACAUGAAGGACAAGCAGGAGCAGCUGAAACAGUUCUCCGGCGAGCAGGUUCUUCGCGGCGAGGAGUUCAAGCGCUACGUCAACAAGCUGCGCGGCAAGAGUUCCAUCUACAAGAUCAAGCGUGCCGAGUUGAGUGACCUGCGGGCCGAGUUUGGGAUCCUGAGCCGCACGGAGGAGAUUCUCAAGGCCAAGGACGCCCAGCUGCUAGAACAACUGAACACCCUGGAGGCCAAGAUGGGUGUGUCCGGCUUCCACGAGACCCAGGAGACCAUGGAGGAAGUCUCGUCCAUGAAGGCCAAGGUGGAUGAGCGCAAGGGGGAGACCCUGGAGGAGAUGUCCGGCAUGGUGAUGCAGCUCAACCACAAGAUUGCCGAGCGGAAGGCACAUCUGGCACCCAUUAUUAAGGAGCUGCGUCCUCUGCGGCAGAAGAUGCAGGACCUGACUGUGGACUACAAUGAGAAGAAGCACUCCUAUGACUCAGUGGCGGCCGGCCUGGACUCCAACAUGGCCAAGAUGGAGCAGGAGGUGAAGAGCCUUCGUGAUGAGCUGAUCAAAUCCGAGACCAAGUUCCGCCUGCAGACUGCCGAGAAGGAGACCCUGAGCUUCAAGCAACAGCAGGCCAGUGAGGAGAUCAAGCUGUACCUCUCAAAUGACCCCCAGGACAAGAAGAAGUCCCUGAGGGAGCAGCUCAUGACCAACAUCAGCGAGCAGGAGCGACUGGGGCGGCUGCUGAGGGAGGAACAGAAGGCAGCAAAGGACCUGGUGCAGACCUCGGCCAAACAGAUGGGACUAUGGAGGGACGUUGUCAAGCUCAUAGAGGUGAAGAAGAGCUGCUUGGAGGCUGCCCGGAGUGGUGCUGGCAUAGUGACUCGCAGCAGUGGAGGGGAGGCCAUGGUGCUCAUCUAAGAGGUGCUGACCCUCCCCCUUCUUCAAUGCCCUUCUAUCCAUCUUACUGUCACUGGAGCUGCAUUGACUAGUUGACUGAUGCUGAUGGAAAAAUAAGAAGAUGGUGUUGAUUUAUGAGGCUGACUAGGUCCCCUCUUUAUAAUACUUCUGUCUGGCUUUCGUCUCUUUCACUGGUAGACUCUAGAGCAGCCUUUCCACUAACUGGCUGACUGAUGCUGAUGGGAAAAUAAGGAUGGUGUUGAUUUAUGAGGCUGACUAGGUCCCCUCUUUAUAAUACUACUGUCUGGCUUUCGUCUCUUUCGCUGGUAGACUCUAGAGCAGCCUUUCCACUAACUGGCUGACUGAUACUGAUGGGAAAAUAAGGAUGGUGUUGAUUUAUGAGGCUGACUAGGUCCCCUCUUUAUAAUACUUUUGUCUGGCUUUCGUCUCUUUCACUGGUAGACUUUGGAGCAGCCUUUCCCUGACUGGCUGACUGAUGCUGAUGGAAAAAUAAGAAGAUGGUGUUGAUUUAUGAGGCUGACUAGGUCCCCUCUUUAUAAUACUACUGUCUGGGUUUCGUCUCUUUCACUGGUAGACUCUGGGGCAGCCUUUCCCUGACUGGCUGACUGAUGCUGGAAAAAAUAAGAACAAAGUAAGAGAAAACACUACAACUUGAGAAUAUGACACUAAACAUUCCAAGCUGUACCUAUGUCAUGUUUGCACCGAGCACUUGAUAGCUGUACCUGAGCCCAGUAUAGUGUCUUGACCUCUGUAAUGUACCUCUGACAGGGGACCAAACUAAUUAUUUUUCCUGUUCUUUCUUUUUCUUCUCUUUUCUUCUUCCUUUUUCCUUAUUUCCACUUUUUUUCUUCCUCUUUGCUUUUUCUGUCCUUUUUCUUCUUUCCUUUCUUUUUUUCUCUUCCUUUUUCUUCUCUCUAUAUAUCUUUAGAGCUAACACUAAUAUUUCUUCCCUUUUCUUCUUUCUUUUCCUUUAUCUCCACUUUUCUCUUCCUCUUUGCUUUUUCUGUCCUUUUUAAUUCCUUUCUUCUUUUCCUUUAUCUCCACAUUUUUCUUCCUCUUUGCUUUUUCUGUCCUUUUAAUUCCUUUCUUCUUUUCCUUUUUUCUUCUGUAUAUACAUCUUCCAAGCUAACACUAAUAUCUGUAUGUGACACCUAUACAGUCCUGCCCUGUGAUGUACCUCUGCCAGGGGACCAAACUGUUACAUGUAGAAUUGUUAUGAUAGAUGGUGAAUAAAAAGGUUAUCUUA